AUGCAACCAAGUUCUUCUUCCAAUCCACCCACAUCAUCAUUCGUUUCUAAUCCGAUAGAGAAUUUGAUUCAACAAUUUCAAUCAAAAUGUAAAUUGAUGAAAGAAAAUAUUCUAAAGAUGAAGGUAGAGGAAUUGAUCGGAAAUGAAAAGGAUCGAGAGAAAGAAUUUAUGAAAGGUUAUGCUCAAUUAUUGGAGCUCCAAGCACUCCAAAUCCAAAUUAAUUUAUUUCAAAAGAGAAUGAAUGAUUUGAGAGUUGAAAGGAAAAAAGAAAUGGAGCUUCCUCUUCUGGAAUAUAACAAUAUUUCAUGUGAGGCCAAAUACUUUCGUCGGGAUAUAGCCAUUUCCAAGAACUAUUAUUCGAGACAUGUGGAAAUCGAUCUUCCCAACGAAGAAUACUUUGUUAAAAAAGCGCCAAAGAGUUAUUCACAAGUGUUGGCAGAGUUAGAACAACUGAAAGGAAAAGGAAAUGCCAAUCAAGAAGAGAUCAUGAGCAAGCAGCACCAAUUGAUGAUGAACCGGUUAAAGUUUGAGCUUGAAGAGCGCGAAUCUCUAGAAAAAGAUAUUGAACAAUUGAAGUUAGAACAAGAUAAGAUCAAACAGGAGCAACAUAAUAUUGAAAAAUAUAUUAAUAAUAUUCCAAAAAAUCUCGCAACUAUCAAGAAGACAAUGCUCCAAUUUGAACCAGCGAUCAAUCCUCUUAAACACAAAUAUUCUGAUUGGUUUUCCACUGAAGAAACUGAUUUACUCAAACAAUUACCAACUCCUCUUUUCAUUCUUUACAACAAGCUUAUGGAAUACAAACAAACAUGUGACAAUACGAUAUUACUCUCCAUAGUUGGAGACACAGAGCGAGCAAAGCAAGAAUGGGAUGAUCUGGAACAUUCUACAAGAUCAACAGACACUUCUAUUGUAGAGGAGUUGAAUGGGGAGCCCAAAAAGAAAAAGUUAAAACCUGCGGAUUCUAGUAAUGAAUUGUGUGCCCUGUUUCCACUUUAUAUUCAACUGAGAGUACACCUUAAAAUUUAUGACACAAACAAAAAACUGCUAAUUGAAUUUGGCUACCUUCAUAAGAGUAAUUUAGUAGUUGUCAAUGAGGCAAAGAGCGCUACUUCUGUUCUUCCAACAUUGAUACCAGGUGAUGAUGGUGCUUAUUCACCAAAUAUUAGUGUAAUGUCUGACUAUGAUUUCCGCAAUUUCGAGAGAGGAAGACCCUAUCGAUGGCUGCAAAAGAUUUGUGGACUUGAAUUUAUUCCAAUGAGAAUUCCAUCUAGCGAUCAAUCCAAAGGCAACAAACCAGAAGAGGACAAGGAGUACUCUCUCCAUUAUAUUUUGAACUUUUUCAAGUACAAGCAAAAAGCAAAGAGAUACUUACUGAAUCAACUCAAAUCUUUUGAUAACCUUGAACUAAGAAGCGAUUUUCCAUCUUGCUUAUCUGUACCUCCAAAACUUGAAUCUGCCAAACAGGUGUUCAGCGAUUACACCUCACUUACAUAUAUUUCUACCAUCAGAGUUGACAAGUACCUUUUCGAAGUCGAGAUUUACAUUGAUGUCACUGAAUAUCCAUUGAGAGCACCUCAUUUCAGAAAGCUAACCCAAUUAGAGCCAACAAACGACAGUAACGAACUCAAUAAUAUUCCUGAACAGUUUAGAACCAUCAUUGAAAACGAUUCAGCUGUGGAACAAAUUAGACAUGAUACAUCAGCCUCCAACUCUGCAUUAUAUCAAAUUGAAAAAGAUGUGAACUAUUCAUUUGUCUGUGAAUUCAACAAUGAGCAUAUUUAUCAGGCAGAUGACCCUCAGAAUAUUGAGCAUUUUUGCCUUAUAUCCCAUCAAAUACAUCGUCUCAUGACAGGUCUAGCAGUAUUUGUUGAGACUAAGAACCCAGAAUCAAAAGCCAUAAUGGUAAAUAACGAUAACCUGCUCAUUGGAAAAGAACUAUUAUUGCCACUGCAUUACGACGAACGAAGCAACUGUUUUACUCACAAGCUGCUCUAG